AUGAAGAUGGAGGAAGCAGUGGGAAAAGUUGAAGAACUCAUUGAGUCUGAAGUCCCACCAAAAACAUCUGAACAAGAGUCAGCUAAGGAGGAAGAUGGAUCUGUGGAACUGGAAUCUCAGUUUCUGAAAGAUGGUGUGGUGGAUUCUACAGUUCUUUCUUCAAUGCCCUGCUUGUUGAUGGAACUGAGAAGGGACUCUUUGGAGUCUCAGUUAGCAUCCAUGGAGGGUGACAAACCGACAACUGGCCGAGUUUAUGAGAGAGACUCCUCUAACCACUGCAUGCUUUCCACUUCCUCUACUGGUCACCUGGCCGAUUCAGAUACACUGUCUUCUGCAGAGGAGAAUGAACCCUCCCAGCCAGAGACAGCGGCAGAAGGAGAUCCUUCCGGAGUGUCUGGUGCCACAGUUGGGCGCAAGUCUCACCGGUCCUGAUCUGAAAGUGAAACAUCCACCACGGCUGCCAAGAAAACCCGGCAAUCCAGUGAUAAACAGAAUGGCCCAGUUGCCAAGGUUAAAGGUCAUCGGACCCAAAAGCACAAGGAGAGAAUCAGGCUACUGAGGCAGAAACGGGAGGCUGCUGCACGAAAGAAAUAUAACCUGUUGCAAGACAGUAGUACCAGUGAUGGUGACCUGACUUGUGACUCAAGCACAGGCUCAUCAGACGAUGCUGCAGAGGUUUCAGGGAUCACUGCAGAGAUACCAGGUCAUUUGGAUCCAAGAUUCCUAGCAAGUGACAGAACAUCUGCUGGCAAUGUACCACUCAAUGAAGAAAUUAAUAUUGCCUCUUCACAUAGUGAAGUGGAGAUGGUGAGAGUUCAGCAACAUACAAGGUGGGUUCAUCCUCAAGGAGGUGUGCCUCAGAGUGUCUCUUCAUGGAAGCAUGGCUCUGGCAUGCAGUAUGUUAGCACCCGGCAAACACAGUCAUGGACUGCUGUGACUCCCCAACAGACUUGGGCGUCACCUGCAGAAGUUGUUGACCUUACAUUGGAUGAGGAUAGCAGACGUAAAUACCUACUGUAA